AUGUCUACAAAUACUGAACAAGAUCUAAUAUUCAUUCAUUUCUGGAAGUUUCCCAUUCAACCAUCGAUGGGAGUUAUUCGCGAAAUUGACGUCUUUUCUACGAUAGAUGGACCCGUAAUUCAUGACUGGGAGAUUCGUGUUGGACCAGACACAUUCGGAGCGUUUCGAGCCGCAGGAAUGAGGAACAGACACGUGCAGCUGCGACUUCGCCCAGCAAUGUUUAGAGAUCAUAUUGCUGAAGCGACAAAAUGUACCUUCCAAAUGAAAGUUCGAGAUAGGCAAACAGGACAAGAGUUACUGACACCGGAACCGUGCAGUAUAACUCCCCCAGCCAGCGAAAGAGCUCAUGGAUUCAAGGUCCCCAUUGCUUCGGCCAUUGGAGCAACUUUAAUACAACUUUACCAGGCAGCAUCCUUUGCAGGGCGGGUGUGUGAAAUCACAACAACAAUUACCAUACCUCAGUCACAGUUCAGAGUCACAGACUGGGAAAUGCUGCCUCCUUCCACUCCUCUUCAUCUCGAUUGGCGUUUUCGACUUUUGGACGACAAGUCUUGCCACGAUUUCCUCCUUAUCUGUCGCGAUGGACAAAUGUAUGCACCAAGAGAAGCUUUGUAUUUUUGUUCUCCUUUCUUUCGCGAGUUUUUCAAUGGUAGUGGACGUGACUCUGAGAAAAUGGAGUUAAUGGAUGUAGCGGUCGAAGCUGCGAGAACGGUAGUUACUUAUAUGGUCACGUCGACGUUCUCCGCUCCACCGUCCAUAUCACCUUCGCUCGCCAGAGACAUCUACAACCUGGGAAACAGGUUCGAUGUUAUGCAACUCAGUGGAUUGAUGGUAGCAGUAGAACGGCUAGGGUACAUGGAUGUUAUUGAGAACAACGAACUUAUGGACGUGCUUAUUGAGUGGUUUGUAACAGCACACGAAUGCCACAUGAAUAAAAUUCAAAAUGCAGCAGUUGCGUAUCUCACCACACUUCAUCAAGCGCAGUACCUUUCUGAAUACGGGGAUGGAGAGGUGCCUAAACCUCGUUUAGCCUCCGAACGUCUUAAUCGUGGCCACGGAGGUUUUAGGACAACACCUCAUCAACGUGUCCUGAAUGCACAAUUCAGUGUGAGCUGCGUACGACAAAUUGAAAGAGUUGAAGCUUAA